AUGGGGAAGCAACAAAAAUCGGGCAAAGCAGGCACCUCCAAACGUCGUGGGAAUUUGUUCAAGAAAGCAGCUGAGCUUUCAACCUUAUGCGGGGCACGAGUCGCCAUAGUUACCAUCUCCGAUGAGGGGAAAGUAACCACGUUUCCUGAUUCGGACACCGUUAUCCAAAGUUAUCUCGCCGGAAAAGUGUCCUCGAGAUCAGCUUCCGGCGGUAAUGCAUUGAGGGAUUCGCGUAGAAAAGGGUGCAAGGAAGGAGGAACGAAGCAAGGCGUCGAGGAGGGUGCGGGCGAGACGAGACAAGGCAAGGAAAAAGUUUGCGACGUGGCGGCAGAGGAAGGUGGUGGAUUAAUGUUGAAGGAUCUAAAUGAAGCUUGGGAUGAGCAAUGUGAUUGA